AUGGCGACAAAGAAAACUUCGAAUGAAAAUGUGAAUAUGGAUGAUUUUGAAGCACUUUUAGGUGCACUUAACGCUGAAGAACUUGAAAAUAUUAAUGAUCUUAUUGAUCCAGAAAAUGCUUAUUUACCAGCAAGUGAUCGUUGUAAAUAUAGAGUAGAUAAAGAAGCAACUGGUACAUAUGAUCGUAAUAAACUUUUAAGUUUUCUAACUGAACAAGCAAAAGGUGAAAAAGAUUGGGAAGAACAAAAGCCACAUGUACCCGGUGAAAAGAAAGGCAAAGUUUGGCAAGCACCUGAAGUUGUAAAAUCACCUGCUGAUGAAGAUGAUGAAUUUUUAGCUAAAACAGAAUGGGAUGAUGUAUUAACAAAUGCAAGUGAAUCAGAAAUUGUUGAACUUGCUGCUAUUCUUGGUUUUACUGGUUUAAUUAAUCAAGUACAAUAUCAUGCUGCAGUAACAGACAAACCUGUAUCAACAAGUGCUGGUGGUUGGAAUGCUGCCGCUAAAUCUGAACCAUUAAAAUUACUUAUACCGGAACCCGAUAAUACAACUAGUGUUGAAGAAUGUAUAGCAAAAGCUAAAGCUAAUGAUAAAGAUUUAACUCGUAUUAAUUUAAAUAAUAUUCAAGGAAUAAAACCUGAUGUACUUAAAGAUUUACUUAAUGCAUUAAAAGAAAAUACACAUGUAGAAGUUCUUGAAAUAUCUAAUGUUGGUAUGACUGAUAAUGUUGGUCGAGUUCUUGCAGAACUUAUUGAAGCAAAUACAACAUUGAAAACAGUUAGUGCUCAAUCAAAUCGAUUAACAGGUCCUAUUAUUACUGAAAUCGUACGAAGUACAUUGAAGAAUCAAACAUUGAUUGAAUUACGUUUAUCAAAUCAGCGUUCUCAAAUUCUUGGUAACCGAGUUGAAAUGGAAGUUGCUGAUGCCGUUGCUAAAAAUAAUACUCUACUUCGUUUAAAUUUACAAUUUGAUACUCUUGGUCCUAGAGUUCGUGUUACAGAAAAACUUAAACAAAAUCUUGAUGCUCUACGUAAAAAACGUUUAGCAAGUAAACAAGAAACCAAAACAUAA